UUGACCGUUUGAGGCCCCUUGACCAUCCAAGAGUACCAUCCCUUUCUUCAUCACCAUCAUGGAAUCGAAAACCAUCACCCCCGCCACAAAGAUCGAGAACCGGUACGAUUUAAAAUAUCUGGAUGAAUACGACACCGAGAUAGAAUGGCUCAACGAGCUCUUGGUCAAUCAGGAUGAUCUGAGUGAUCGCGGCCAACUCUCGCUAUCACAUCUCGAGACCAAGCUAUCGAAGGUUCUCUCCGUACUCGAGCUGGCUAUCAGCGACACAUCCACCUUGGUCGAUAAGUCCAUUGAGGAAAUCGUUCGGAGUGUCCCUCGACUCAGCCUCGACCUACAGCUAAUGAGAGAGAAUGCACUCCUACUCCGCUACUCUCUCAAAUCCAUCCACACCCAAUCUCUACCCUCAAACGAAUCUCAAUCAGAAAGCAUCCAGCCUGCCCUGAUCCCUUCAAGUGAUUCGACAACAAAUCAGGCAUCAUCCGAUGAUACAGAUAAACUCUUAUCGCACCUGAGUACUCUAGAUUUGAUCAAGGAGAGGAUGGAGUCAGCUCGGACGGUUCUCAGAGAGGCAGAAGCUUGGUCAACCCUAGAAUCAGAAGUCACCGGAUAUUUAACCGAUCCUAUUCCUUCGCACCUCAAAGCAGCUGAAAGAUUAGCGGAGGCUGCCAAAUCGAUGGUCGUCUUUCAACACACUCCUGAAUAUGAAGGCAGACGAGGUCUCAUGCGAAGCCUUCAGAAUGAAUUAGAGGCUAGUCUGAGUACCAACCUGGUCAAAGCUUUAAGUGAUAAGGAUGUCAGACGCUGUAAAGAAUUCUACGAAAUCUUUAAAAUGAUCGAAAGGGAGGGGGAAUUCAAGAAUUAUUACUUUGGAAGCCGGCGGAGUGCGAUCUCAUCACUAUGGAAUCAAGCUAUGCUCGAACCUCCCAUUUUGACCACUCGAUCGGUCGGACCAUCGAUCCAAAACACUCAAAUCAAAUUGAGUGCAAAAUCACUUCCGAUGUUUCUAGCAAAACAAUUCUAUCCAGAACUGCUCAGGCUUCUCCAAACCGAAAUGGAUUUCCUACCGUCCAUCUUCACCAACCCAAUCGAGGCCUUGACGGCAUUUUUAAAAUCAGUUCUUGAUAACCUCAAACCUUCUAUCUCCACUCGCCUGAUCGAAAACGUCGAAUGUGCCCACGUACUAGCAUCUUGGCCUAGUCUUGUUAGCUGUUGGAAUCUUACCGAGGAUGUCGGUCACAAGCUAGAGAGUUUGAUUUCUCAACUCGAAUUGAAGCUCAAAAGAAACAUUGACUCGACAAGCCCUACCAGUCCGAUAUUGCAAUUGGGAUCUGUGUCUUCCAAAUCAGAUCGAAGAACAUCCUUCAAGCGACCAACCUCUCGAUCGAUAGGCUCAAGAAGUGGGACGGACUUGCUGCACCAUGAGGAUUCGUCUACGACGGCAAGUCACGCACCCCAAAUCAUUAAAGAUUGGGAGACUUCCUUGUACGAGCCUUUCAUCGAUUUUCAAUCCAAUUACUUCGAGCGAGAAUUAAACUUCCUGCGCGCAUCCCUCAAAAACAUCAUCCUUGGUCUGUCGGCCCAACCAACCAUGGACGCAACUUCAACUGGACAGAAAUUGACAGUCACCAUGAUCCAACAGCUACCACAAGUCUUGGAAUCGAUCUUCACUCUAGCAGAUAAGGCAUUGGAUCGCUGUGAAGCUUUCACUCAUGGUUAUGGCGUUUUGGGCUACGCCAAGGCGGUGGAUUUGAUGCUCAGUGAAUAUCUGGACACCAACCGACAGACCCUGAUAACCGAACGCGAAAAUCGACAAAAGCGGAAGGAACAAAACGCGCGUCUUGAUGGGAAUAACGCUUCCGGUAAGAGUAGAGGCCCAGCAACUUCAUCAUCUUAUCUGGAUGAAUCCGCAAGUCAAAUGCUCGAACUCGAAGGUCUUGAUUAUUCGUCUGAAGAUUGGGAAGUUUUCCAACUCGGUCUCAAACUCCUGGCGACGUGUAAGACCAUCCACGAUAAGCUUUCCGAAUACGAGAAGAAAACCCACAAACGGUUGAUUGAAAUUCUCGCGUCACUGCGUAGUAAGAGUUCCGAUGAGAGCAUAGCUGUCAAUGAAGAUCUCGAACCCGUGAAAAUCAAGCUCAGCAAGGGCGCGAAAGUGAUCUUAGAACAAUCGUUACUGAACAGUAGUGAACUGUGGGAAUUUUACGAGACCUUGCAAUCCUCAGAACGAGGUUCCAACACCCCUAAUCCACUUGGCCCUCGUAAAGAUAAGAGCUUUUCACUUAGCUCCGGAGAGAAUAAACGGCAUUCGAAUCACGGCAUGAAGCCAAUGAUUUCUCAAGCCCGGUCUCUGUUUCACAAGAGCAACUUAUCGGUCUCGAAUCUGAUCAAAGAGUCCCAACAAAUCGUUCAAUCAAUAAUCUUAUUGCCACUGCUAAAGCAAGUCGAAGAGUAUCCACACCAGACGAUUUGGACGCAGAGUACAACCGAGUUACAGCGCCAGAAGCAGACCAGCUCAAUCUCGACGAUUGACCUGAAGAUCCUGAACCAAUUCUCGAAGAGCCCGACCGAGGCGAUCUCGAAGCUUGGGGAAGGGCUCUUCAAUCUGCCCCGACUGUUCGAGAUUUACACGACCGUCGACGAGGAUGCUCUGGCCUUCUCACUUGAGACCCUCCCGUUCGUCGACUUCUUCGAGGUCCUCUCCAACUGGCAAGCCUUCCACCAAUCCGCCGUCCCAAACGAUAACGACGAUCAAUCGGGAACACCAUCCUCUAAGGAACGCGAGAAAAAACUCGAGAAUCAUCUUAGCUCUGAAAUGGUCAUCUCUACCUGGCUCUCCUCGUUAACCCUUGCCGUCGUCAAUCAAUUCUCUCAUGCUAUCUCCAAUACUUUCCUCUUCAAUAAUAGCCAAUUCAAUCAUUCUCAUCUUAAAUCAACUCCUAAAAAUAGACUCUCCUCCGAUGGCCUCGCUCAGUUACUCGUCGAUCUCGAUUAUCUCCAUAACGUCGUUCGCGCUCUCGACGUCGAAGACGAUGUACUUGAUAAACUUAAAUCUAUCAUUCUCGGUUAAUCUCUUCAAUCCUCUUCCUCCUUUUUCUCAUCUUGUUUGUUGUUUUACUUCUCUUAUUUUUUUCUCCCCAAAAAAUUUGCACGUUCUGAUCUCAUUUUUUUGCAUUCAUUUGUCACUCUCUUGUUUUACAUCUGCCUGUUUAUUUAUAUUUUUUUUUAUUUUGUUUAUUCAAGCAAUCAAUGGCCUGUUGACUUUUUUUUUGCUAUCAUUGUAAUGAGGAGCGCAUUACAAUGGUGAUGUAAGCCACAAACGCUUUGCUUCAGGAAUGUCGCAGGCAAGCUAAUUGACAGUAUACAUAUACCCAGGGAAAUAGAUAAGCUGUAUACAGAAGCUAUUUACAGAAAAGAAGGGCCAAUCUGGACU